AUGACAGCAGCUAUGCGUGCGCAGGCUCUGGUUGCAUCGCAAGCGGAGCAUCAGCGACAGUUCGCUCUUGCAAUGAUGCGUGGCGAUGUGACUCAGGCACAGAUGAUUCGAGCACGAUUUUUGUCGCAGCAGGCAGCUGCUUUGGGCGCCUUCCCGAAUCUCCCGAUGAACUCUCAUCCGCAGCAUGUUUGUUUUUCCUGCUUUUUUUUUUGCUUUUGUCAGAUUUCUCGGAAAUAUUUUACUGUAAAAUGA